AGCUCUUUUUCCUUGUGACUUGUGCAGUCCCUCCCAGCACCAACUUCCUUGCAGCUGGGUUUGGGUUUUGUUGGUUUGUUUUGUUUUUGUAUGCGUGUGGUAGGAUAUAUUUUUUCUCUUGCUUUUCAUAUUCUCCAGGGAAGGACAAUCCGUAAAACGUCUUCUCUAAGGUGCGAAGUGGUUGCUGGUUUGGUCUUAGCGGAAUCAGAAGAUCUAGGAGGAUUCAAACCAGGUGUCUGGGCGAGGUUCAUUCCAGCCGGAGCCACAGAAUUGACCCCUGAUGUUUUUUCAGUUGGUGGGCUGGCUUGUGCUCGGGAGGCUGACUUUGGCUUCCGAUGGGACGCACGCUUCUCUGCAGCCCAGCUGGCCAGGCGCUCUGCAUUCGUCUGCGGUGGAGAACUGUCCAGACCCCCCCUCAGUGGACAAUAGCAUUUUUGUUGCAGAGCAGGAGGAAGGGCAGCUCCUGGGGUCUUAUUUUUGUCUCCAGGGCUACCAUCUGGUAGGAAAGAGAACCAUUCACUGCAAUGCCUCUAUGGUGUGGGAUGCCCCCACUCCCACAUGCCACUUGGGCCACUGUCCUGACCCUGUCCUCGGCAAUGGCCAGUUUCGUUCCUUGGGGCCUGUGCAUGUGAGCGACAACAUCACAUUCCAGUGUGAAGACAACUACAUCCUUAAGGGCAGCAGCUGGAGCCAGUGUCUGGAAGACCAUACCUGGGGGCCUCCCUUGCCCAUCUGCAAAAGCAGAGACUGUGGCCCUCCUGGGAAUCCAGCCCAUGGCUAUUUUGAAGGAAAUGAUUUCAACUCAGGAUCGAAUAUCACUUACUACUGUGAUGAGAGGUACUCCUUGGUGGGCACCCGGCAUCAGCAGUGUGUGGACGGGGAGUGGAGCAGCGAUCUUCCAUUCUGCCAACAAGUCCCACAGACCGAGCUUGAGAAAGCCCUCCUUGCCUUUCAGGAAGGUAAGGAUCUUUGUCAAGCCACAAAGGACUUCCUGCAAAGAUUAAAGGAAAGUGGCCUCAUAAUGGAGGAAAUAAAAUGUGCCCUGGAGAUGAAAAAAGCUGAAUUGGAAGUAAAAAGGUGGCUUUAAUAUUGUAGCAGAGCAGUGUGGGGAAUAGAAGGUGACCCAUGAAGAAACUUUCUUCUUGAUUCUAAAAUUGACAUCAGAUUUAUAUCUCAUUUUGCUAAAAUAAAACUUCACUUGAACCAAA